CUUCUUCCCUUUCACUCCACACAAAUUCACAAAUUCAGACUCAAAACUUCCCCCCAAAAUUCCCUCUUCAAUGGCACCAAAGGCAGCAGAGAAAAAACCCACAGAGAAGAAGCCGGCUUCUGCCGCAGCUGAGAAAUCAAAGGCUGGGAAGAAGCUCCCAAAGGAUGCUGGUGGUGCUGCAGACAAGAAGAAGAAGAGGGCAAAGAAGUCGAUAGAGACAUACAAGAUCUACAUCUUCAAGGUGUUGAAGCAAGUUCAUCCAGAUAUUGGAAUAUCAAGCAAAGCUAUGGGUAUAAUGAACAGUUUUAUCAAUGACAUAUUCGAGAAGCUUGCUCAGGAAUCGUCUAGGCUUGCUAGGAUCAACAAGAAGCCAACUAUCACUUCUCGGGAGAUUCAAACUGCUGUUCGGUUGGUGCUUCCUGGUGAAUUGGCUAAGCAUGCUGUCUCUGAGGGUACUAAGGCUGUUACCAAAUUUACUAGUGGUUGAGAUGUGUUAGUUUAUGUGUUCAUUUUUCUGUUGUUGGGUUUAUCAGACUUUCAUUAUGGUUUGGUGAUGUAAAGAACAGAAAAAUUGUAUCACAAAAAUGAUUCGAAUGAAAUUGAAGAGACAAAUUGAUGUUA